AAAAUAUUCAAAAUGAAAACAGUUUUGCAGCAACAGUUGAAGGAUGCAGUGCAUAACUCACUCAAAAAUGAAUUAUAUGACAAUGCAGCUUUCCUAUGUGAGAGACUUUUUGCAGAGAUUGACAAUGAAGAAGUCAGACUCCUCCUAGCAGAAUGUUAUGAUAAAAUAAAUAAGCCAACUAAAGCAUAUGAGAUUUUACUCAAGUGUCAAGAGGAAGCUAAUAGAUACAAACUUGCAAAGUUGUGAUUCAAACUGAAUAAACUCAGCGACGCGGAAAAGGCUUUAUUAGGAAUUCAGAGCACAUUAAACUCAAGCUCAUUAGAUGAAAGAAGACAACAUAAAAGCGUAGCUAAUGGAGCUGCAGGAUACUAUCUUCUCGGACUAAUUAAUGCCAAAAAUGAGAAAGAAGCUAAAGCUCUUCAAUAUUAUCAAGAAGCUUUGAAGCUGGAUCCUACUUUAUGGUGCGCCUUUGAGAAAUUAGUCUCCUACUCAAACUCAAAUCUUCCAACUGGCAAGAAUAACAUUACUGAGUAUAUAAGCAAAUUUUUCCCGAGAGGGGACGAUGAGCCAUCUGUUGAAAUUAAAGAAAAUAUGAAAAAUUCUGGAGAAAACAAGGAUCAGAUUUAUAGUCCAAUUCAAGAGAAGGAAGAUGACCCACAAGAUAUUUAUACUCCUACAGGGAACAACUCGAAUUAUAUCACUCCUACAGCUGUUGGUAAGAAUGCAAGAAGAUAUAACACAAUCCUCAAUAAUGCUCCUCACCAGAUUGCUCACGAAAGCAGAUUAAGCGGGGUUUCUCCAGGAAGUAUUUAUCAAGAUAAAAAUGACAAGAAAUAUAUCGGAUCUAGCACUGGAGAGCAGGUAAAGCCAUUUAAAACGACUACCUCUCCUAAUAGGGGUAAUAUCUCACUCAGCAAGUCGAGCUUGAGCUCAAAGCAUCAUUUCUCCAGGGAUGCUUCCAAGAAUGAUUGUGGUGACCUCAUGUCCUUGCUUUCCUAUAUAGGAGAAGCUUAUUUAAGACAGAUGUUGUACGAUUGACCCGGAGCCAUAGAAGCUUAUAAAGCUUUGCCUGAUAACCAAUAUGAAACUGGUUGGGUCCUUGCACAAGUAGGAUGCUGAUACCUCGACAUGCAAAACUUUAAAUCAUGUGAAAGAACAUUCUUACAUCUGAGAAAGAUUGAACCAUACACAGUCGAAGGACUUGAGCACUAUUCAAUCUGCUUAUGGCAGCUUAAGAAGAAAGUUGAACUUUGCUCUUUAAGUAACUUUGCUUUAAAGAAGAACACUCUGACACCAGAAACAUGGAUUAUUGUAGGAAACUGUUAUUCUCUCCAAAAUGAGCAUGAAGCAGCAAUCAAGUUCUUCAAAAGAGCUAUCCAGCUUGACAAUAGUUGUGGAAUGGCUUUCACAUUAUUAGGACAUGAACACUUUGAAGUUGAAAAUUAUGAUGAAGCAGAGAAGCAAUAUAGAAGAGGAAUAUCAGUAGACAAAAGAAAUUUCAAAGCUUUUUGGGGAGUUGGAAAUAUCUUCAUGAAACAAGAAAACUAUAAAAAUGCAUUGACUCAAUUCUCAAUGGCAGAAAGUAUUUACAAAAAGUCAUCCUUUAUCCAAUCAUACAUUGGUAUGACUUUAAUGAAGUUGAACCAGACUGAAUAUGCUCUUGAGAGGUUUGAGAAAGCUCAGAGACUAAAUCCCAACUCUCCAAUGAAUGCCUUCAUGAUGAUCCAAGCUUUAACAAAUCUGAAUAGGAAUGAAGAUGCUCUUGCAAUGGCGAAUGCCUUGAUCAAUACACAUCCAAAGGAGACAUCGCUAUAUAUCCAUAGAGGUAAAUUAUGGAAGAAACUUGGAAAGAAGGAAGAGGCUCUAAAUGACUACAACAAAGCACUGGAUCUCAACCCUAAGGAUUCCAACACUGUGAAGAACCUUAUUGACAAACUGAAUACGAGCAACGACUUUAAUGAGGACGCUGAAAUUUAGA